CUGGACCGCCACUGUGGGCAAUGCGUGAUGAUCACCAGCUCCAGCCACUUACUCGGGAGCAAGCUGGGUCCGGUCAUCGACCAAGCCGAGUGCGUCAUCCGCAUGAACGAUGCGCCCACCACAGGCUAUGCGGCGGACGUUGGGAACAAAACCACCUUCCGGGUGGCGGCCCAUUCCAGCCUCUUCCGGGUCCUGAGGAAGCCACAAGAGUUUGUCAACAAGACGCCAGACAACACCAUCAUUUUCUGGGGCCCAGAAGGUCGGAUGCAGAAGAUUUUGAACAAGGUCAUCCAACGGGCCGCCCUGUCUUUCCCCAACGUGUCUUUCUUUGUGGUCACCGUGGAGCGCAUGCACCAGUUUGACGCCUUGUUCAGAAAAGAGACAGGGAAGGACAGAGAGCUGUCACGAUCAUGGCUGAGCACCGGCUGGUUCACCAUGGGCAUUGCGAUCGAGUUGUGCGACAGGAUUCACGUUUAUGGGAUGAUCCCUGCAAACUACUGCAUCCGGAAAUCCCGCGCCCACAAGAUGCCCUACCACUACUACGAACCGAAAAGCCCCGAUGAAUGUGUCACCUACAUCCACAACGAGUGGAGCAAGAAGGGCUACCAUCACCGGUUCAUCACCGAAAAACGAGUCUUUGCCAAGUGGGCAAGCCUUUACAACAUCACCUUCUCCCACCCGUCCUGGAAUUAGGGGUCGGAAAUCGAAGACCAAGGCGACGGUAAAGGAGAAGCCACACAAGUGCCAAAUCGGCUGGGUUGUUGUGGGACUGUCAAAGGGGGCAGGGAGGCAUUGGUACAACACAACUCUUUCCAAAUAACUGCAGAAAGGCAACAGCCUCGGUGUGAAGUUGGUUCAGCUGCUGAGAUGCCUUCUCCAGCUCUCCACUCCUUUUCUGGGGGAUUUUGGGAGAUGUCAUUCUUGGAACCCCAAGAACCCUAGUAAUCUACCAAGAAUGACAACUCCCACAAUCCCCACUUCUUGAGAAAGUGUUGUCUUCAAAAAUGGAAUUACGCCAAGAUUUAUUACCCUCGUGUGCAAAUCUUACUCCCCACGUUGUCCAAAUAAUGUCGCCCCUGCUAACACAGCCUCACUCUUCGGCCAAAAAAUCCCAACACCCUCCAACAAACCCGCUGUGAUUUAUUUAAGUUGUAAUGUAUUUUGAUUUACAAAGAAAUAUAAAUGUAAAUAGGUUUAAUAUAUACAAACGGAAGCACCAGCAAUUUUUGUACAUGCGAUGCUCGGAAUUAACAGUGUCUUUUGCUGGGGGCGGUUAGAAAAUAUAUGCAUCUUUUCUUCCGACGGUUCAUAUUUGCAAAAAUAAGAAGAAGAAAAGAACUGUGCCGAAAAGCGGCUCGCCUUCUCCAACUAGAUCCCAGUUAGGGUUGUUUGGACUAUGACUCCCAUCGUCCCUAGACAGGUAUGCCCUAGGCCAAUGUAUCUGGAAAGCGUCCCAGAGCAAGGAAAAGUGAUAUAGAUUUUCUGUAAACAAAUUAAUUAAUAAAUCUGAUUUAAAGAAACAAGUGCAAUCUCGUCAAACAUCCAUUUAUCCCGUUCACAUGACUUCCUUGAAACAGCAGUGAAUGUGGUCCUCUCUUGGCUUGCCUUUUGUCUUCAGAUGCCUGCUGUUUUAAUCUGAAUUCCUUUAAUCCAGAUUCCUUUAAACCGUGUGGAAUAUUGUAUUAUUGUUACUGUGGCGGUUAAGGCCGCAACUUUUAACCGAUUAUUCAGCUUGAUUGAUCGAACUAGAAACACUUUUAAUAAACUUUGGGUUGACUCAGUAAAAGGCGCCACGGUUUUAAUUAGACAGGAGAUAGUUUUUAAACCAUUGUUAUUAAUACAUAAAUUUAGGGAAAAAAUAGCCUUGCUAGAUUAGUCAGCGUCGAGAGAGUUAGAGGAUAUGGAUUCACUGCUUCAUUGACAUGAAAGCCAUUGUCCGGUUUUAUCCUCUUCUCAAUUCGGAGUGUCCAGUGCCGUCUCCUUUGGACAAUCUCUUCCUCCCAAGCCAAGAAUCUCCGACAGAAGAACCAAAAAGAGGGCAGGUGAGGUCGCCAACUGCGGACCAGACAAUUGGCACAGCCUCUUGAUAACAGAUUUAGUUUUUCCAGACAUAAGCCCUAUUUCCUUUUUUGAAUGGCUCCAAAACAGGAUGCGAAGGAGGCAUGAGGUGGAGUGGAAAGUACCCAGUGGAGGGAACAAAAUACUCAAAUCGGCUUCCAGGGGCCAAAAGGUUGGCAGUGAUUGACUGUGGCUUUGGCCCAACCAUCAACCCAAAUGAAGAAUACUGUAAAAGAAAGGAAGAAUC